AUGGUUUCAGAUGACGAGGUUACUGAUGCGCACCAUCAUGCCGGAAUAGACAAAAAGCAAAAUGACGACUCAAUAUCGAAAGACCCUAUCAGUGGGAUUGAGAAUGAAUAUGAUUACGAUACCGAAGAGAAACAGGUAAUCGGCGAGCAGCGCCAAUUGCCUGACCUGCAGCGCAGGCUUCGAAGCCGCCAUUUGCAGAUGAUUGCCAUUGGUGGUACAAUCGGAACGGGUCUAUUUAUCGGAAGUGGAACAGCCAUUUCAUAUGCCGGACCUGUCGGAGCACUCAUCGCUUAUAUCUUCGUCGGCUCCAUCGUCUUUUCCGUCAUGACAGCGCUCGGAGAAGUUGCAACGUUCUUACCUAUUCCUGGAGCUUUCGCCUCUUAUGCCACUCGAUUGGUGGAUCCAAGCCUGGGAUUCGCAAUGGGCUGGAUAUAUUGGUUUUCUUGGGCGUCGACCUUUGCGCUCGAAUUGACAGCGACAGGAUUAAUUAUAAAUUAUUGGAAUGAUACCAUUCCGAUCGCCAUUUUCAUCGCCGUUUUCUUAGUGGUUAUUAUCUUAUUGAACCUUCUCCCGGUCAGCUUCUUUGGUGAAACCGAAUUCUGGCUCUCAAGCAUAAAGGUCUUGACCGUGAUUGGAUUCAUGAUUUUUGCUAUCUGCAUGAACGCAGGAGUCGGCAAAGAAGGAUAUAUUGGCUUCCGCUACUGGGUCGACCCAGGGCCGUUUAACAAUUACCUCAUUGAAGACAAACCUGCCCUAGCUAAAUUUGUUGGGUUCUGGGCUGUCUUGAUUAAAGCUGGAUUCUCAUACCAAGGCACAGAAUUGGUCGGUAUCGCUGCCGGUGAAGCGGAAAAUCCGCGCAAAACCAUACCCUCCGCUAUCCGAAAGGCGUUUUUCCGAAUUAUAUUCUUCUUCAUCUUCACCAUCUUCUUCAUCGGUAUCGUCGUUCCAUCAAACGAUGAUCGCCUGACUGCAAGCGAAGGCAGCGGAGCCAGCGCCAACAACGCAAACGCCUCGCCUUUUGUUAUCGCUGCUAAGCGCGCCGGCGUCAAUGUAUUGCCAUCGAUUAUCAACGCUGUCCUGCUCACUGUGGUUCUGUCAGCUGCCAAUUCAAAUGUCUACAGCGGCAGCAGAAUUCUAGUCGGCCUCGCGCACGAGGGCUUCGCACCCAGGGUGUUCGUCAAAACCACCAAAUGGGGUGUUCCCUACUGGAGUGUCCUGUUCACAUCGGCCUUUGGCCUGUUGGGCUUCUUGAACCUGUCCAAUGCUGGAAGCACUGUAUUCGAAUGGCUCAUGCAGAUAGCCGGAUUGGCUGGAUUUAUCACCUGGGCAUCGCUCAAUAUUUGCCAUCUGGCAUUCAUGCGCGCAUUGAAAGCCCGAGGAAUCUCGCGUGACAUUUUGCCAUACAAGGCACUCUUCCAGCCAUAUUUCUCAUACUACGGCCUCUUCUUCAAUGUCUUGAUUAUCAUCACGCAGGGAUUCACGGCCUUUAUACCGAGCUUCAGUGUGACCGACUUCUUCAUUAACUAUCUCAGUCUCAUUCUUUUCACUUUGCUUUAUGUGGGCCACAAGAUUAUUGUCCGUCCCUCGUUUGUGAAGCCGAUUGAUGCCGAUAUCGAUACCGGUCGGGUUGACCUUGAUUGA